GGAGCUGCACGCGCCCUCAGGAGGAGCCGCACGGACCGGACGUUUUAAUCCAUAAUCAAUAAAAAGUUCAGUCGCAGACAGUGAUCAGCUUCCGGUUUAUUCCCGCAGGUUCUGUGCUGUUCACGGACCCGGUUUAUUGAUCUGAACCUGGAGGACCCGGAUCAGAGGGAGCGCGAGCAUGUCCCGGGCCGAGGAGCGCGAGGAGGCCGACUGUGUGUGUUCCGUCGGGAUGAAGUUCACGUGGGACAUCAACGACCCCAAACUGCCGCAGGACACAAAGCAGUUUGACCCGUUCCAGGAGUGGACAGACGGUUAUGUUCGGUACAUCUACAGCGCUGAAGAUAAGAACGCUCAGAGACAUCUCUCCGGCUGGGCGAUGAGAAACACCAACAACCACAACUGUCAGAUCCUGAAGAAGUCCUGUUUGGGUGUGGUGGUCUGUUCACGAGGCUGCACGCUGCCUGACGGGUCCCGGCUGCAGCUGCGCCCCGCCAUCUGCGACAAGGCCCGGCAGAAACAGCAGAAGAAGCUGUGUCCGAGCUGUAACGCCGCUCUGGAGCUACUGCCAUGUCGCGGCCACAGCGGUUACCCCGUCACCAACUUCUGGAGAGUCGAUGGAAAGGCCAUCUUCUUCCAGGCUAAAGGGGUCCAUGAUCAUCCCAGACCAGAGUCCAAGUCUGAGACUGAAGCCAGAAGAAGUUCAGUGAAGAGACGAGUCAGCUCCCCGCCGUUCACGCCCAAAAGACGGCUCAUUGAAACACAGGCUCUGGGCCCCGCCCUCCUCUCCUGCGUCGAUCCAUCAGACAGAAUCUCCUUCAUCGAGCCAAAUUUCCCACAGCAUUACCCAGCGUUUCAGAGCCCAGAGCCCUACUACAACCCCCACAAUGCACUAGGAGAGGCCCCACCCACACUGCAGAAACCAGCCAAUCCCAGGCUUUACAUGGGCCGGCCCUCUUACGAGUUCCAAGGAUACCUGACCUCGCCGUCGUAUCCCAUGACGUCUGACCUUUGUGACCCCAGGGUGGCUCCAGUCCUGGGUUCCUCCUCUUCCUCCACGUCAUCAUCGGCUCCCCUCUCCUCCUCCUCUUCCUCCUCCUUCGACCCCCAGGCGAAGCCCUCUGCAGGCUGGAAGGAGCUGCUGAAGAGCUCUGCCCCCUAUAGUGACAACCACCAUUACUACAGUGCAGAGUACCCCUGCCGUUACCCCAGCAACGCCCCAGGGUCCCCCGCAGCACUGCAGACCAUCAUCACCACCACAACCAAGGUCUCCUACCAGCCCUGUCCAAAGCCUCCUGCAGCGCUCCCUUCCUACCAAUCAUGUCCUAAACCUCCUGCCGGCCUCCCGUCCUACCAGUCCUGCGCUCCCCCGAAACCUCCAGGCCUCCCUGGCUGCUCCUCUCUGCUGGAUGACGCCUCUUCCUCCUCCUAUUCCACCGAGGUGAAGGUGACAGAGGAGUCGGGUGGAGUCAUCAAGUCUCUGUCGUUUCAGCCUGAACCUCUGCAGACCAAAACAGAGCGGGCCGACGGCUAUGACUACCGUUACGCCUACCCCAACACGUACCGCUAUGAUGACUACUGAGGCAGCACGACCUCCACCGCAGCUACCACGACUGCUGUUACCACCACUGCACCCACCCAACACGUGGUGCCAUGAUGACUACUGAUACUACAACUGUCACUAUGAGAAAAACUACUGCUACAGCCCAAACACAAACUAUCUGUCCACAGACUGUGUGAAACAAAACCCAGAGAACGACAUCUGCCACUGCACGGAUCAGGAGCGGACAGGAUGUGGAUUAUCAGGACGAAACUCUGACCGAACCAAAAUUUUGGUCCAUGAGAAACUUUCUGAAGACGCUCAAGGAGUACUGUCAUGUUCCCAGAGGCAGAUCCUUCUCCAGCUUCCCUCGACCGACUCUUUCAGGACAAGUCAAAACAUUGGAGUGAAAUGUGCGUCAGACACCAGGAUUCUGUUUGGUCAAAAAGCCUCAACACAAGACCCAACUCAGACCCGGUGCUUCUGGAGCUCUCAGCCACAUCUCAUGGCCUUCUUCAGCAAACUGAGCUGCAGCCAUCAAUUCAUGGAUUUGAUUGUUGUGACAUCACCUGAUGGUUGUUUUUGUGGUGGAGAUUGUUUCUGCAGGUGUACGUCAUGUGGGGGAGGUGUGUUACGUCCUUCAGAGUCCCCAGAAGUGAGGUGUGUCACAUCCUUCAGAGUCCCCAGAAGUGAGGUGUGUCACAUCCUUUAGCGUCACCAGAAGUGAGGUGUGUCACAUCCUUCAGAGUCCCCAGAAGUGAGGUGUGUCACAUCCUUUAGCGUCCCCAGAAGUGAGGUGUGUCACAUCCUUCAGAGUCCCCAGAAGUGAGGUGUGUCACAUCCUUUAGUGUCCCCAGAAGUGAGGUGUGUCACAUCCUUCAGAGUCCCCAGAAGUGAGGUGUGUCACAUCCUUUAGUGUCCCCAGAAGUGAGGUGUGUCACAUCCUUCAGAGUCCCCAGAAGUGAGGUGUGUCACAUCCUUCAGAGUCACCAAAAGUGAGGUGUGUCACAUCCUUUAGCGUCACCAGAAGUGAGGUGUGUCACAUCCUUUAGCGUCCCCAGAAGUGAGGUGUGUCACAUCCUUCAGAGUCCCCAGAAGUGGGGUGUGUCACAUCCUUUAGUGUCCCCAGAAGUGAGGUGUGUCACAUCCUUUAGUGUCCCCAGAAGUGAGGUGUGUCACAUCCUUCAGAGUCCCCAGAAGUGAGGUGUGUCACAUCCUUUAGUGUCCCCAGAAGUGAGGUGUGUCACAUCCUUCAGAGUCCCCAGAAGUGAGGUGUGUCACAUCCUUUAGUGUCCCCAGAAGUGAGGUGUGUCACAUCCUUUAGCGUCACCAGAAGUGAGGUGUGUCACAUCCUUUAGCGUCCCCAGAAGUGAGGUGUGUCACAUCCUUCAGAGUCCCCAGAAGUGAGGUGUGUCACAUCCUUUAGCGUCCCCAGAAGUGAGGUGUGUCACAUCCUUCAGAGUCCCCAGAAGUGAGGUGUGUCACAUCCUUUAGUGUCCCCAGAAGUGAGGUGUGUCACAUCCUUCAGAGUCCCCAGAAGUGAGGUGUGUCACAUCCUUUAGUGUCCCCAGAAGUGAGGUGUGUCACAUCCUUCAGAGUCCCCAGAAGUGAGGUGUGUCACAUCCUUUAGUGUCCCCAGAAGUGAGAUGUGUUACGUCCUUUAGAGUCACCAAAAGUGAGGUGUGUCACAUCCUUUAGUGUCACCAAAAGUGAGGUGUGUCACGUCCUUUAGCGUCACCAAAAGUGAGGUGUGUCACAUCCUUUAGCAUCACCAGGACUGAGGCACAUGUGAUAACAAAUUUAACCUCGUCUAACUAACUGAGCGGCUGGUUGUGACAGAUGUGGCUGAGAGCUUCAAUACACGACAACAAGGAGACUUUGUUCUGUCAAGUUUUCAGAGUCAAAUAUGAACCUUCAAACUCAGGAUUCAGUUAUUGUGACAUCACUUUAAACCAUAAACGACCCCAGAAGAACCAGAAUCCUCCUGAUUUCUGAUCUGAUGAAUUUGAAUAUCAAAUAUUAGACCUUCACCAAAGACUUUUUAAUAUCACAGCAGUCUGAGUGUAAUGAAGCUGUGGAAGCUGUCUUCAUGAGUGUUUGGGUUAUUUAUUGAGUCCGUCAGUAAACCUGUGAGCAUGCUGAACUGUGUCUGAAUGAAAGAACAAACUGAAUGAACCAGUUGUUGACUGAAGAGAUCUGUGAGAUGUAAAACUGUUUCUGUCUGAAGUCUCACAUUAAACCAACUGUUGUACAGAC